AUGGCGGAGAGUAUCGCAAACCACUACCAGCCCCUGGAAGAGCUUGGGCGCGGAAGUUUUGGUGUUGUGUACAAGGCGCUCGACAGAGCUACCGGAGAGACUGUCGCCCUCAAGCUUAUUGAUCUUGAGUCGAGCGACGACGACAUCCAGGAAAUUCAACAAGAGAUCUCAGUUCUCAGCACCUGCGCCAGUCCCUACGUCACACAGUACCGAGCCAGCUUUCUGCACGGACACAAGCUAUGGAUUGUUAUGGAGUUUCUUGGCGGGGGUUCCUGUUUGGACCUUUUGAAGCCCGGCAACUUUUCUGAAGGCCAUGUUGCCAUCGUGUGCCGCGAGCUGCUGCGCGGCCUCGACUACCUCCACAACGAGGGCAAGAUCCACCGCGACAUCAAGGCUGCCAACGUUCUCCUAUCGGAAUCUGGCAAAGUCAAGCUGGCUGACUUUGGCGUUGCAGCCCAGCUGACCGAUCUGAAAUCCAUCCGCAAUACUUUCGUCGGGACUCCCUUCUGGAUGGCACCCGAAGUCAUCCAGCAGGCUGGCUAUGACUUCCGUGCUGAUAUCUGGUCGCUGGGCAUCACCGCUAUAGAGCUCGUCCUCGGCGAGCCGCCUCACGGCAAAGUGCACCCUAUGAAGGUGCUCCUUCAGAUCCCAAAGAACCCACCGCCUCGGCUGGAGGGCAACUUCAGCAGAGACUUCAAAGACUUUGUUGCCCAGUGUUUGGUCAAGGACGCAGACCGGCGGCCUUCGGCUAAAGAAUUGCUCAGACAUCGCUUCAUCCGCUCGGCAGGUAAGGUUGAGUCGCUGCAGGAGCUUGUCGAGCGCAGGCGCCGCUUCGAUGCCAGCCAGCAACGCAUCUCUCAUCCGGUUUAUUACCAGGAGACGCUUCACAGCCUCACACCGAAGGACGAGUCCGAUGAGUGGGUCUUCGACACGGUCAAGUCAGUGGUGCCAGUACCCCCAAGGAGAACUAUGCGUAACCGGCGGACGUCGGCUUUGCACGCCACCGAAGACCUGAUGCGGAAGCUCGACGUUAAGGACGGUCCUUUGCAGCCCGCAUCUCCUGGAAUGGGAACUGUGCGACUAGCGACGGCCCGGAAAAUGCCGUCUGGUGCUGCAAACGGAUCGCUACGCGCUUCGCUCGCUGGCCCCCCUAAACGACCGCUGCAGCCGGACAUGUCUUUUGGCAACACCGGUUCGACUAUGCGUCUAUUCCGCCGUGUGCCAUCCGACGGGUCCACGUCCAGCCAGAUGGGUUCUUCUGAAUCGGUGUUCGACGACCGGACAGCUGACGAGAAUCGACCGCCGCGGGCACCACAAGCCAGCACUAACACGGUUGAGCAUUCCAGCAAGGAGGCGGCUCUCGGUCAUCGCCUGUUGGCGAAAGUCGUUGAUCCCACUCUGAAUGAGCUCCAUGCACAGACGUCCACUAUGCAAAAGCGGGAAGCACUCGCCAAACUAUCGGAAGCGCUAGCACUUCUUGACGAUGUUGACCCUGAAGGAGCGUACCACAUGAUGCGGAGCAUUGCGUCUGGCAUCUCAGCAGACGCAAAACUAAGCAAUGCAUAUUUGCCUCAGCAGCAACAACAUGUGGUCAAGGUUCCGAUGGACGGAACUCCACAGGGCACGGUGGUUUUGAAGGGCAACGGCCAGAACCCAACCUCACCAUCGAAGCUGUUACUCAGCCAGGCUAACCCUCAUUUGUUGAAGGUGCACAAACGGCGCAACGGCAGUAUUGCGACAGUCGACGGACAGGCUGACAACGCAUCGGAGAAAGAUCGGGCCGACGUCCUUCGCGACAUGGAAAAGGCACUGCUGCAGGCCAAGUUCCCAGGACAGGAGCCGCUGCCGGGAAUGCAACACUCAAAGCAGCUUUCGGAUGUCCUGUACAAACGAUGGGCUGAAGGGCUGCGCAAGCGUUGGCCAGCUGUCUAG